AUGGAGCAGUGCAGCGUUCUCAUUGUCGGUGCUGGUCCCGUUGGACUGAUUACUGCACUUCGGCUGAGCAAAGCAGGAAUCGCCGUCACGGUAAUCGAGAAGGAGGCAGCGCUGAGUGUCCAGCCGCGUGCUGUGGGUUUCUAUGCUGCUGCGUUGACAGCACUCCAUCGAGCAGGUGUUCUCGAACAUAUGGUCAAGGAAGGUUUUGUAUCCAAAGGCCUUUGUUGGAGAAAGCCUCUAGCGAAUGACGGCAAAGGUGGGAAGCGUUUGGGAGAUAUCAUUGCUAGCCUCCCAUCCCCAUCCGAGACACAUUCGCCUCAUGGAGUCACGGGAACCCUGAACCUACCUCAGUCAGAACUAUCCAAAUUGCUCUAUCGACAGCUCAUCGCUACUGGAAAUGCAUCGGUCCAUUUCAAUACAACACUGGAUUCAAUCGUCCAGUACGAGGACCACGUAAUUGCAUCUACAACAAGCUCAGUUGAUAUGAAAACUGUGCAAUAUCGAGCUUUGUUUCUAGUGGGAGCGGAUGGCGGCAAAUCCACAACGAGAAAACUUCUUGGGAUCCCCUUAAAAGGACAUAGUUGGCCGGAGUACAUCCUCGCCACGGACGUGCUAGUGGAAACAACUGAUACCAACCCGGACUUUCCAACCUCCAUCAUUGUUGACCCAGUACAUUAUGGAAUUAUUACACCGCUGCAGCCCUUUGAAGUUGGAAAAAAGACGCUUUACAGAUGUUCUGUGGGAAUGAGCAUUUCCGAAUCGUCUUCUCCCGAGAAAUUCACUGCGGAACCUUUCAUUUCCGAUAUCCUAUCGCAGAUGCUUCCGGGCGCAAGACCUCUCGACAUAGAAAUCGUAAAGAAGGCCCCGUACAGGAUACAUCAAUUAUGUGCAUCUACAUUUCGGCGUGGGAGAUGCGUUUUGGUAGGAGAUGCGGCGCAUCUUAAUAACGUGAGCUUGUCCUUUCCUAGCUUUGAAAAUUAA